AUGCACCGCCUAUUUUCUGCUGUAGGGCUCAGCGCCCUGCUCGCGCCUGUACUUGCAGCACCUUUCAUGUCUAACGAUCAGGUUGGCCAGGAGCGGGACAUCAGAGUUGUCAGGUCAAUUGACGACCGCCGAUUCGGCCACGUCAAUGUUGAACUCCCGAGAGGAUCACCUGAUGCCAACGCAGAGACUCUGGGGUUCCAGAUCGAGAUACUCAAUUCGGAGACGGCAUGUGGAUUCGGAAACGUGACAGUCGCUGGCACAGUCCUACCUCAAACCGUGGCCGGCGACGUUUCGACAGGAAAGGGAUCCGUCCCGACAACGACGAAGAGUAUUGUUCUCGGAUCGUGGGAGUUUCACUGCAUCAGAGUUAGCGGGGUUCCGGAUGCGCAGCUCAUGAAAUUCGCUAUCGAAUCCGUUGAUGGAAGGGCGAUUGAGAACACCGGAUUUUCGCUACUGUAUAGACAGUCGGGUCUGACAGAGAUAUUGACUGUUGAGACGGAUCUGUCUGUCCCAGAUGAGGUUGUCGCCAACCCUAACCGCGAGACCUUGCAGCGAUUCCACGAAGCCCAUGAGGAGCACGAUGCCGAGCGCGCUGAGCUGGGCUGUCUUUGGAGCCAGCUCCGAGAGAUCAAGUAUCUCAUUCGUCAGAAGGAGCGUCUAUUGGCCCAACGCGAGUUUCGGCAGGCCAAGAUAGACAUUACGGACUGCGAUAGUCUCAGGUGUUUUGCGAGAGCCAUGGCUCAGCAAGCUAAACACGCUGCUUACAUGGUGUACGGCAAGAUCAACGGAGAUGCCCAAGACUUCGACGACUCCCGUCAGCAUCGCAAUGGUCCUUUCGGCAAACACCAUGGGUCCGAGUGUGGAAACCACACGCCUCGCGGCCAUGGCCCACCUCAUCGCGGACAGAGACCCCAUUUUCCUCCCCCUCUUCCUCCGCACCACGGCGAAAACGGAUUCUCGGAGUUCGAUGGACCUUCGCAUCACAGAAGUCACGGAGAAGGUCUUCAACACGGCCCAGAAAGGUCAAGCUCAAGACCACCUCCACCUCCACCCCAUCCUGCCGAGCACGGAGGGCCCGAAUUCGAUCACGGUCCUCCUCCCCCUCAUCCUCCUCACCACAUGGAGCCAGACCACGAAGAACACGGCCCCCCACCUCCGCGCCCACCUCCCCGUCACGACUCCCAGCACCGAGGCCCACGCCUGGCCUCCGCACUCUUCUCCCCAGGCCCCCCAGACCCGCAUCACCACAGCCCCACAGGCAGCGGAUAUCGCGCACUCCAGAUAAUCACGCUCACCACCCUCGGCUUGCUCUGCGCCUUCCUCCUCGCCGCUCUCCACCGUCGCCUGAGUGCACAGCCUCAGCACCGGUCGUCGCGCCGAGAGGAGCGCCGCAGACGUCGUGCCCGGAGACGUGAAGCGCAUAAGAAUAUCAUCACGCGGCUCCUCGCACGUAUGUCUCUACGAGACGAGAAUGCCAGCGAGGCCGGGGACGACGUUAAAGAUGACGAAGAGAAGCGGCAACCGCACCCUCUCCCUCUCUCUGACGCGGAGGAAGCCACCCGCUCUCCCAUGCCCUCCGCGCUUCCAACAGCGCCGCAGCCGUGGAUUCCCCAUCCGGUUCCCAUUUCGAUCCCGAUCUCAGGGGCCGGAAGCAGACCACCAGUGGCAGAAUCCGAUCCCAGCCCCCCCGUGAGCGAUAGAUUCAUGGAGGAAGCGCUACCCGCGUAUUAUGCCGACGACACCGAUGUCGACGACGCAGCCAGUGAUGAAUAUGAAUGUGGCUGUCUGGUAGCGGAUGGGAUGAGGUAUCUGCCUGGGACGGGGACGCAAUACGCUCCGAGCGUCUCCUCCGUAGGCGUAGGAAGUACAGGCAGUGUGAGUGGCGUCUGGGGACCUGAUGUGAAGAACUAG